AUGGUGAUGCCCUGGACGGCUCCCGAUUAUCUUGAUAUCUACAGAGAGAUCUCUGAUAUAUUGGAUACUGUAGAUCCAGUUAUUGUGGCUGUAGAUCCAAUAUUUGGUCCUGGCGUUGAUGCUGUAAGAGCUCAGGGACGUAAUCAUGUUAUCAUCUCACCAAAUACACUGAAAGAUAGUUUUGCAAAGUAUCAACCUUGGGGAGCUGUACUUUGGAAGUAUCCAGUUUUGAGUUCCGCAUUUCCAUAUCCAGUGCCCUGGCACCUCAUUCCUUCAAACAUAUACAGGAACCUGCGUCUCGCAUACAGUGUGCUAUUCGCUCCAACUACUUCUUUCAAGCGCGCAUAUCUCAAAGAAGACGGAAUUGAAACCCCCUUGGAUUUUUUCACCGUAUAUCACAAAGACUAUCCAUGGAUAUCCCAAAGUUCUCAAGAACUCGAAUACCCUCUCGACAUCAUUCCCGAGAAUGUGGUCCAAUGCGGACCUAUUUUUCUUUCAACAGCCACAGCUGCAGAACAAGAUCCAGAAUUAUCUGAACGGCCUAAAAGUUCCCUAACAGUCUUGAUAAAUCUAGGAAGCGUGGUAGACUACGAUCUCAGUGCCGCAACCGAGAUGACAAAAGCGAUCAGAAUUCUACUCGACAAUACUGCCGUCCAGGUACUGUGGAAAUUCAACAAACGCCACCCAUUCAGCGAUGAAUUUCUCGAUAUACUCUCUCCGGAUCUCGAAUCAGGACGUGUAAGGAUGUCCAAAUGGAUAAAAGUCGAUCCGGCCGUCUUGUUAGAGACAGGAAAUAUCAUUGCUUCAGUCCAUCAUGGAGGAGCAAAUUGUUUCUACGAAGCUAUUGGGACGGGAAUUCCUCAAGUCGUAUUACCCCUGUGGGUCGAUCUUUAUGAUUAUGCCGUAAAGGCUGAGUACCUGGGUGUGGGAGUUUGGGGUAGUAGGAAGGCGGCUCCUUAUUGGAAAGCGGACGAAUUAAGCACUGCAUUCUUAAAAGUCGUAGGGGAUAGCAAAGAGGCAAUUUCGAUGCGCAAAAAAGCAAGGGAAUUAAGCUUACCAUACAAAGCAAAGCCAGGUCGCAUAACCGCGGCUCACGAACUGGCAAAACUAGCACGAUCCUCGGGCUCGUCACUGUGA